GGACGUGGUUUUAUUCUGACACUUUCACCGGAAGUAAAGCUGCAAUGGAAGUGCUUUUAUUAGGAAAUUUCCACCGGCCCUAGCAGCUAACUGCCUAGCAGAAAGUAACUUCACAGUCAGCCUCGGAGGGAGCACGUUUCAUCCAAGAGAGAAGCUAGCAGCGGUGAGGAUUGUUAAACUCUUCAGAAAUAAUGUUUUGUCCAUAUUGUGGGAUAAACCUUGAGAGGGUGCUCUCCUACUGCGGCUCUUGUGGCAGAAAUAUCCAGUGUUUAACAAGUCUUCAAUCCGAAGGUCCUGAAGAAACUACCAUGGAUGAACUCAUCUACAAAUAUUUCACAGAUGGUCAUACCUCUGAUAUAAUAGUGGAUUUACUAGCAACCAAACACAACAUUUCAACUAGCCUCAGCACAGUAAAAAGAAGAUUAAGAGAAGCAGACUUAACCAAGAGGACUAACUAUACUCCAAUUAUUGCGGUUCAGGCAGCUAUUUCAGAGGAGCUUCAGGGACCUGGGAAGCUUUUAGGUUACCGAGCAAUGUGGCAGAUUUUCAAACAAAAGUACUCAUUUACAGUAAGAAGAAGUGAUGUGAUGAAGCUUAUGAGAGAACUUGACCCAUCUGGAAUAGAGGCUAGAUCUAGGAGAAGAUUUGCAAGAAGAGCAUACCAUUCAAUGGGACCAAACGAAGUCUGGCAUGUCGAUGGCUAUGACAAACUGAAACCAUUUGGAAUCGCCAUAAGUGGCUGUAUUGAUGGCUUCUCUCGAAAAAUUAUGUGGCUCACGUGUGGAAAGUCAAACAAUGAUCCUAGUGUUAUUGCUCAUAAUUAUAUCAAAUGUGUAGCUGAAUUUGGAGUUUUCCCAGCGCGCCUCCGCACAGACUGUGGGACAGAAAACGGACUGAUGGCAGCUCUUCAUUGUUCCUUAAGAUCAGAGCAAACAGAUGACUUCGCUGGAAGCAGAAGUCAUAUGUAUGGCACUUCGACAUCAAACCAGCGAAUUGAAAGCUGGUGGUCAUACUUUCGUCGACAAAGGACACAAUUUUGGAUGGAUCUGUUUGGAGAUUUGAGGGAGAGCCAUCUGUUCAGUGGGAGUCAGGAACACACAAGGUUGCUCCGACACUGCUUUCUGGGUGUGCUACAGAAAGACCUGGAUGAAUACAAGCACCAAUGGAACACUCACAUCAUCCGUCCUGUUCGACUGUCUAAGUGCCCUUCUGGAAAACCAGAUGUGAUGUACUACUUACCACACAGAUUCAGUGGGAUGAACUGUGGAUUCACGGUAUCCCCACAAACAUUGAGCCAGCUUGAAAGACAAGUGCCAGGACCAGCAAGCUCAGCUGAGGAUGACCUACAAGACCUAGAAGAACUGCAGCGGCAAAGUGGUCUGACACCACCGAUUGAGUGGAAGUCAGCUGUAGAUUACUACAUCACCCUAAAAGGCAUGGCUGAACUAUAAUCAUCACUUGUGUAAAAAACAAACACAGUGGACGGUCAAAACAUUUUAUUUUCAUCUAUUACCCAUUGGCACACAGAAACACUGGAACAUUUUUAAAUAGGAAUAAAAAAAUACAGAACAAAAAACACUUGUUUAAUACUU